ACCCGCGGCAAAAUUUUCCGCCAUAAAGUGCACGCACGGCGCCGCAGCUAAUCCAUCACUAGUCAGUGACCGGUAGUCCACAACUCCACACUCCCCUGCUGGCGCUCGCACCGGCAGUGCAGAUGCUAGCAGAGGAUGAGCUCUUCCGGGACCGGGACGAUCGUGAGGGCCACCGACGCCGAGCCCCCGGCGCCGCCCCCCGCUUCCCGAACAGGGCGUCCUACUACGUGCCGAGCCAGGACCGCGCCAUCCCGCGCCGCCUGGCCGUCGCCAGGGAGGAAAACACCAAGCUCCGGGACACUCGGUUCCCCUCGCACAGCCCGCAGCCGAGCGACAUCAUCUUCGACGUCGUCGCAGCCCGCCGCGACGACCGGUUCAGCGCCGCCGCGCCGGAGCUCAAGCUGCGGCCCAUCCUCACGAGGCGGCCGCCCAGGCCCGACGCCGCCGGCGACGGUGGCAGCAACGCGGCCGCGUCGCCGACGGGAAGGGCGCGCCCACCACGGUUCCGCCUCCACGCCGCGAAGGGCGGGCCGCCGCUGCCGCCGCCGGACCAGCACAGGCGGAACAUGGCGGAGGGGGGCUGCACCCGGCGGCUGCGGCGCGGCAGCCGGCUUCAGUGGAUGUACGAGAGCCUGGUGGUGGUGAAGGAGUCGGCGGACCCCGAGGAGGACUUCCUGGAGAGCAUGGCGGAGAUGGUCACGGCCAACGGCGUGCGGUCGCCGCGGGGCCUAGAAGAGCUCCUUGCCUGCUACCUCGCGCUUAACGCUGCUGACCACCACCGCGCCAUCGUCGUUGCGUUCCGCCGCGCGUGGCUGCACCUGCACCUCCACCUGCGCCGCGUGCCGCCACCGCCGUCGUUGUAGAUUAGCUCUAGCUUCUAGCUAGCCAUUUUUUCUUCGGUCUCGAACUCACUAGCGAUCGCUGCACGGAGCUAGACGCAAAGAUCGCGAUGUGCCUGCUCUGUUGUACAGUGCGUGUAUGUAUGAUGAUUCGGGGACGCGCGCGUUCAUGUGAAUUGUGGUGUGCGUGCUACGGUUAUGAAUUAUGACCACACUUGUCGUC